AGAACAGACUGGUAGGUGAACGUUGCCAUGUUGUCGUUGCAUUUACAAACCAAGAAGCACAGUUGCCGAAUCUUGCGCGCAGGGCCGAUCAUGGAAGUUCCGCUCGUUCCCGGUGUCGAGCUCGCAGCAUGCAAAUCCUACAUCGACACAAAAACAAAGAAGUGGACGCUUAACAUAUGGAAGUGCCGCUACUGGCACAUGCACAACCAGGAGCUGACUGUGUACUACGAGAAAGCGGACUUGAUGAAAAACAAGUUUGUCAAGCGAUACACGAUCCUGUCUGGCGCCAAGUGGGAAGACAAGCCGUGGGGAGUCAAAGUCGAGACGAAGGAAGUGGGAUGGUUGUUCGGCGUCAUCCACUCCAAGGCCGAGUGGGCGGGAUGGUUGCAUGCGUUCAUCGUCCUCGACCAUAAACUGAACCCACCAGUGCGGCGCGUCGAACCCCGUCCGCGACGAUUCUCUCUCGAUUCCAACCAGAGCACAUCCGACCUUCGAUCUGCCGAAAACUCCCCCAAGGACCAUGGCGACAGCCCUUCGACAAGUCCAACUCGCAGGGUGUCCUUCAACGGCGGCGUCAAGGUACGCACAAUUCCUGCAUUACAAGAUGAAGACAAGGGCGAUUUGUACUACACCGAUACUGAACUGGACAAUAUGAAAAAGGGGGCCCCUGCUGGCAGCGCCAUGGCGUCCAGACGACGACCCAUGCCCGUCAUGGCAUAGCAUGCCGUUUGUUUGUAGAGUUUACUUGUUGUAAUUUGAUCGUAUUUACAUUGCUUUUUCAAACGUGAAGUUGUCAUGGGUACGUUUGAGAUUCGUCGUCUGACUAAGGAUCGCCGCCAUGUGUUAGACAUGCUUG